UCGCCUGCCUCCGCUCGUUCCCCACUUCGAGGCCCAGUCAUGUUCUCCAGGGCCCAGGUGAGGCGAGCUCUGCAACGGGUGCCCGGGAAGCAGCGGUUCGGCAUCUACAGGUUCCUGCCCUUCUUUUUUGUCCUGGGAGGAACAAUGGAGUGGAUCAUGAUUAAAGUGCGCGUGGGCCAGGAGACCUUCUAUGACGUCUACCGUAGAAAAGCUUCAGAAAGACAGUAUCAGAGAAGGCUGGAAGAUACAUCAGAGACCAACCUUCGUAAGAUAAUAAAGUAAAUAUGAAUUUUCA